AUGCUGUCUAGAAAUAGCAAAGUCCUUUAUAGAGGUUUUACUUGGGGAGAAUAUUACCCCAAUCGCAAUCUUUAUGUGGCUGGUGGACAUAAAUACAACACUCGCUAUAAAGACUUCUGGCAGCAGCAUCAAACCUAUGGGCUAGAAGGCAAAGAGCACACUUAUACGCAUACUGAAAAAGAUUAUAAGAUUCAUAGACCUUGGGACACUGUAAUGUUUUGGUUUAAAAUCAAUAUAGCUGGACAGUGGGAUUUUUUUACUUAUAGGUAUUUAAGGGCGAUGGACUAUUGCACAAUGGCACUUGCACCGAUUGGGAUAGCGACAUUUGCCGUAUUGGGAGCAGCUGUAUUUAAGCCACUUUAUAUGUAUUCUUUGGUGUCAACAGCGGUUCUUUAUUAUAGACUUAGGGACAAGUGCUCACAUCCAGAAUUCGAUGAAUUGGGGAUUAAGGAUUUGCUGUACAGCAAUGAGACGGUGAAGAAAUACUUUAAUGAUCAAAAUUCGUACGUAAUUGAUCAAUAUCAAGAAUAUGAUAUAUCAAUUAGAGUGAAAUGGUCUGAUAUAAUACUGCUACAACAGCCAUAUUCGAUUUGGCAAUUAAUUAAUGAUAUUUUUGUACGAGAACAGUCAAUCAUCAAGGCAUAAAUUUAACAUUGAUCAAUUCCCUGAAUAUGGAACUAACAAACUAGCAAGAUUUUUCAACGUAGACUGCAAUACAACUACCGGAUUUUUGAAGAUGUGCGACCUACAAACCGAUGCGAGAAUGACUGUCCACUUCAAAACAAUGCCUUGGAGCGACCAAAAAUAUUUCUGCACACAUCCUUUCUUAUUCUAUGACUUAUGGGCUGAAAUCAACUGCAAAGGUGUGUAUGAGAAAAUUGUGUUUAUUGACCCCAAGAAAGUUAAUAAGAAGAUAUUUAUCACUCUUUAACUCCUUUCUUAUUUUAAAAAAAAAUACAAUUUUUCAUCUAAAAAUUAUAUUUAAAAUAUUUUCUAUUUAAAAAUUUAUAUUUGGGGGACUAA